GUCUCCGUCAAGAAGUGAGCAAUUCAAGUGUGUGGGGGGUGGGUCUGCUCGCUGAUUAGAGGUGACUCCCUCUUUCUGCUCUUCUACUCCUCUUCUCUUCUCUUCUCUUCCUGUUGAUGUGAACCUCCCACCUGUCUCCGUCCCACCCGUCGAUCAAGAGAAAAGCAGAGUCAUGGAGUCCUAUGAAUUGAAGAGCCAAGCCUCAAGUAUCACAAGGCCAGCGCCGGGAGCGACCCGGCUUGCCUCUUCCGUGCGCGAGCGUGACGAUGCGAACCUCCAGCGGAUGGGGAAGAAGCCCGUCUUGAAGCGAAACUUCGGCAUCCUCUCCAUCCUCGGCUUUAGCUGCACCAUUCUGGGUACUUGGGAAGGUUUGCUUGGUACCUUCACCGGCCCUCUUACAAAUGGCGGCUCCGGCGGUGCCAUCUACGCCUACAUCUUCGGCUGGAUAGGCACCUUCGCCAAUUUCAUGGUUCUGGCCGAAUUGGCCUCGAUGGCCCCUACCGCUGGCGGCCAGUACCACUGGGCAGCCAUGCUUGCCCCAUCCAAACAUAUGAAGUUCGUUAGUUUCAUCACAGGCUGGUUUGCCGUCCUCGGCUGGCAGACGGCGUUCGCCGCGAGCGCCUUCUUGGCAGGAAGUAUGAUCCAGGGCGCCGCGAUCCUAGGGAACGAAGCGUAUAAUGCCUUGCCCUGGCAGGCGACGCUGAUUACUUGGUGUGCACUGAGUCUGGCACUGGUCAUCAACCUGGUCGGCGGCAAGCUCCUGCCUCGCGCCGAGACGGUCCUCUUGGUGGUGCAUAUCGUUGGCUUCUUCGGCAUCCUCAUCCCGCUCGUCUACAUGGCCGAGCACAACACAAAGGAGCAGGUCUUCCUGUCUUUCCAGAACGGAGGAGGCUUCAAGACGAAGGGGCUGUCCUGGUUCGUCGGUAUGACCACCUGUGCGUUUGCCUUCGGCGGAGCUGAUGCCUCCGUGCAUAUGGCGGAAGAGGUCGCGAAUGCGUCCAUGGUCAUCCCGCAAGCCCUCAUGCUCAGCCUCGGGAUAAAUGGCUGCCUCGGAUUUGGCAUCUUGAUCGCCAUGAUGUUCUGCGCCGGCCCGGAUCUUGGCGGCACGUUGGGCCAGAUCACUGGCUAUCCCUUCAUGGGCAUCUUCUUGGAAGCGACCAACUCGGUGUCGGGCUCGCUGGCCAUGUCUGCCAUUGUCAUCGUCAUCUACGUCUGCGCGCUCAUGGGCCUGCUGGCCGCCGCCUCUCGCCAGCUCUGGUCCUUCUCCCGAGAUAGAGGAGUUCCAGGGUGGCGAUUGUGGAGUCGGGUAUCCACCUCUAGGCAGUUGCCGGUCCCCGCCAUCCUGGUCUCUGUGACUAUCUCUUGGCUGCUGGCCAUAAUCAGGAUCGGCUCCAACAUCGCCAUGAUGGACAUCGUAUCUAUGGCCAUAUCAGGCAUCUACCUAUCCUACCUCGUGGUCUCAGUCCUGCUCUUCAUCCGCCGGGUCCGCGGCGACAUCUCCCUGUAUAACGACAGCGACGACGAAAUUAUCAACGUGCCCGGCGCGAAACUCGUCUGGGGUCCAUUCCGAUGCCCCGGCAUCCUGGGCACCAUCAUCAACGGCUACGCGAUCAUUUACAUCGCCAUCAUCGUCUUCUUCAGCUUCUGGCCGUCCUCGAUGGAUCCGUCUAUUGCGGAAAUGAACUGGAGCAUCCUCGCCAUCGGCGGCGCCAUCUUCUUCGCUAUCUUGUACUACAUCUUCCGUGCCCGCCACGUCUACACGGGCCCCAUUGUGGAAAUUUCGCUAUAGAGAGAUCGCCACGUGGCGCGCCGGGAAAGGGAAAAGUUGCUGGUGUAUUCAGAUGCUAAGAUAGAUUACCUAUCUGCCGGAGCCGGUUUGGAUGUAUUUUUUUGUAGCAGUACGUGACUAGGUUCCCUAACGUUUACCUUUUUUCAUUCAGAAUCAAGAAUACAAACAAGCACCAAAAUGGGAUACCUAUACUCGGAAGCAUCUGGAGGCUAGUUUCGGCUCCCCACCCCCCUUCGUCUUUUUGGGCAGCCCACUUCGGCUUCUGGACUGGCAUCCGAUUUGGGCUCUCGGUUUCCACGUGAUCGAAAC